AUAUAUAAAGUGGUGAUUUUUUUCAAUCAUUUUAUAAUUAUAGGCUUGAGAUAAAAUAUAUAUUAAGUUAACAGUCAUUUAAGCACUAUUUACGAGUAAUAUAUAAUUUAUUUCUUUGACAAAAUUAUGUUAAAAUUACCACUUUUAAUAUGCCUGGUGUUAAUUGUCACCUACUCUUCAACAAUGGAAAUAUUUACCGAUGAAGUAAAGAAGAAUGCAAAGAUGAUACUAUGUGGGACGUGCAAAGACGACGGUGUGAGGGCUGAUAUAUUGAAAUUUAAAGACUGUGUGGGCGGUCACUAUCCGAAAGAGUCGGCAAACAUAAUGGGUAUACGAGAGGCCCAUAUGUCUAAUCCGGACGAAUGCAUAGAACUAAUGAAAACAGAACUCGAGGGAUACGCUCGGGCCGACCCAACCGGUGUGGUUAAAGUUAUGGAUUGUUUCAGAGCUAAUUUAAACCACGAACAUCUCGAUAAAUGUCACUAAUGUUUGAC